UACGCGAGGCUGAAGUAUUCGACAGACCUUUAUAUCUAAACCACGUGGCGUGGCAACCGAGUCAACUCGAACGGAAAAUGGAGAACGCGGCGAUUCUCAGAGAGUGGUUCGACCAAGUUGACUCGGGGAAAACCGGCAACAUCACAGAAGUUCAACUCAAGUGCGCCUUGGCAGUUGGAAACCUCGAUUUCCCCCUCUCCGUCGUCCAACAAAUGAUCAGGAUGUAUGAUUUUGAUAAAAAUGGUACUAUGAGCUUUAAAGAGUUUGUGGAGCUUAACAAGUUCCUUCUCAAGGUUCAACAUGCCUUCUCAGACCUUGAGAGGGGUCGUGGAUAUCUUGUUCCUGACGAUGUGUAUGAGGCAUUGGUUAAAAUUGGUUUUUCCUUGGAUUCUCCUGCUUUUUACACAGUUUGUGAGAGCUUUGAUAAAAAAAGGAAUGGAAGACUUCGCCUGGAUGACUUCAUAUCUCUUUGUAUAUUUUUGCAGUCCGCACGAAAUCUCUUUAAUUCAUUUGAUACAGCCAAGCAAGGCAGAGUGACUCUUGAUCUCAAUCAGUUUAUCUUCUGCACUGCAAAUUGUAGAAUAUGAAACCAAGUUCUUAUUACUGGGGAAAGAUGAACGGCCUGUGUGCAUCAUAGGUGGGCAAUGUUACGUAGCUGGGCAGUGUCAAAUGUUCAUUUUGCAUUAGGAUUCCAGUAGAACCUUAUUUAAGUAUGAUAUCAUGUUGUCUCGGUCAUAAUGUAAACAUUUUAUUUCCAGAUUCUGUGUUGAUUUAUCUGUGUGAUAAUGGAGAAUUAUUUUCCA